GGAGGAGGCAGCCGAGCGGAGCGGGGCCUCUUGCCCAUUGAACGAGGCAGCCUGCUCCGUGAGCGUCGACUGAGGGGGAUCGUUUGUCCCGUGAGGAUUUCUGGCGUCCCGCGGGGUGCCAGCGGGCACUGCCUCCCGUCGCGGUGCAGCGCCCAAGUGUUGCGGAACGGGACAGAGCUGACCGAGAAUCUUGCUGCUUCUGUGGUGCGUUUCUUCAGAUGA